UUGCACUCGAAGCAUGAUGGGAAGAUUCAGGUGACAGUGAACAACAACAAGCAGUCUCGUCGCGUAGACAAGCUUUGUUAUUGGAGCAUGUUUCAUUGUGGUUUUGGCCAGCGGUGCAUUCAUGUCGAAGAGUAAGGGAAACAGUUACCAGUGUUUAGAACCCCCUCAUGCUGUAUCAUUAGCUGUUCUGAGGUUUGAAAUCGCCAAUCAUGCACCAUAUCUGAAAGACAUUUGCUACACAGCACCAUAUUUCAAGGAUCAACAUGAAAUUGAGGACAAUAAAACAUAUGCCCAGGCUGUGAGUUCCCCAAAACUUAAAAUCACACCAGAAAUUAUUGCCCAGUUCAGAGGGAGAAGAGAGUUUAUAGAAAUAAUUGUAGAAACAAUAUAUUUUGAUGAAAAGAUGACAGAGCAGGAAGCAAAAGUUUCAAAGGAAGUGACUUCUUUAAAUUCAGACAAACAACAAGAUGAUGGAUCUGACAGAGAACAAGUCUUCCAGCCUAUACAUGACAUGGAGGAGGCUGAAGCACCUGGAGGCAGUGACAAAGGAGGGUCUAGCUCCAGGACAUCCACUCCCUUGGGUGACGGUAACUCAAAGCACUCAAAGAAUGCUCCACCAGCUUGUGACACAGCAGGAGAGGAAGCAACCGUGAGGUCUAAAAGAGAACGUGUCUUUUCCGCAGGGAGUUAUUCUAAAGACAAUCCUAGUAGGUACUCCCCAUUAGACACCAGGUGCUCUCCUUUAAGUUCUGACAGUGGAUCCACUAAUUCUAGACCAAGCAGCAGUAAGUCACGUCCUAUCAGUCACAGUCCUAAUAACCCAGACUCCAUGUGGUUUAUGUGUGGAAACCAGAGGACUGAAAUGACAGAAGGAAUGAUGCAUUUUUAUAAAGACAGUGCCAUGACCCCCCUGAAUGAAGAUGUCCCCAGAAGUGAGAUCAUCUGUAUGCUGGCAGUACCUGCUGCUCUAACAACCCAUGACUUGAUGAAUUUUGUAGCUCCUGUAUACCCCAGUAUUGAACACAUGAGGAUCAUCAGAGACAACACACCUAACCAGUACAUGGUGCUGAUCAAGUUUAGAGGACAGAAAUAUGCUGAUGAAUUCUAUAAGGCAUUUAACAAUGUUCGCUUCAAUUCCAUUGAGUCAGACAUAUGUGUUUUGGUGUAUGUGGCCAAAGUGGAAAUGUUAAAAGAAUCUGAGGGGGCAUUUCUUCCUGUGUCUGGACUGGUCGAGCUCCCUAAGUGUCCUGUGUGUUUAGAAAGAAUGGAUGACUCAGUGGAUGGCAUCCUAACCAUAUUGUGCAAUCACUCUUUCCAUGCCUUCUGCUUGGCAAAAUGGGGGGAUACAAGGUGCCCUGUGUGUAGGUAUGUACAGACACCAGAGCAGGCAGAUGCAGACCAGAAAUGUUUACAGUGUGGCUCAAGUGAGAGUUUGUGGAUAUGCUUGAUAUGUGGCUAUGUAGGCUGUGGAAGAUAUGUUGGAGAGCAUGCUUAUCAGCAUUUUCAGCAAACGCAGCAUACAUAUUCUAUGCAUCUAGGUAACAACAGGGUGUGGGAUUAUGUAGGGGAUGGUUAUGUACACAGACUGGUACAGAAUAAAACUGAUGGAAAACUAGUGGAGGUAGACGAGGGAGGAAACCCAGUCACCGAUGAGAAAGUGGAUUCGUUAGCAUUAGAAUACACAUACUUUUUCACUCAGCAGUUGGAUACACAGCGGAGAUAUUUUGAGGAAAAAAUAGCAGCUAUUGAGAAGAACAAUGAAGAACAGAGGCUGGAAUUUGAAAACAGGGCCAAGAAAACAUUAGAGGAGUGUCAAAAACUUGAAACAGAAUUGUCAAAUGCAGCCAAGGAAAAACAAACAGCAGAAAAAAAGUGUUCUCAGCUAAGCUCCAGAGUGUGUAAACUUUCAACUGAACUACAGGAAGAAAAGGAAAUGAACAAAUGUUUAAGAGAAAAUCAGCAGACUUGGCAAGAGAAAUUUAAGAAACUGCAAGUCAAUGUAGACAAAGAAGCUGAAAAGAAAAAUAUGGAAAUAGCAGAUCUGAAAGAACAACUACGUGACGUAAUGUUUUAUUUAGAGGCUCAACAAAAACUCUCCAGCCCCGGCCUAGCAGUAACGCAAGAAGAGCUUCAAGGGGGGCAGGUCAUCGUCGGGGAAUCUAGUCCGGGAACAAGUGCACAUGGUUCCAGAAGAAGUAGAAAGAAAGGAAAAUGAUCCAAAAAUAAAACAUUUUUUAAAAUAACGAAUAUUAUGUAGUAAUUGCUAGUUAAAGAAUAUCUGGAUGUUUUAUGAACUUUGUAAAAAUAUUUUCGUUUUCAUGUUAUUUAUGUAUACUUGUGGAGGAAUUGAGGAAGAUCAUUUUCACGGACAUUAUUCCAUUGAUAAGUUAUUUAAACGUUGACUUUCAACUAUAAAGAUUGCAGCGGAUCACAGGAUUUAUGAACAAGAAAUUAUGAACCAAAAUUCAAAGUUGAUUUUGAGCUAAAUGCUGUGACGUCAAUAAAUUCCAAUGACGUAAUGUGAGCUUGCUCCAGAAGAAUUUUAAUAAAACCUCUUUACAUUC